UCUGUCUCUCCACGAAGCAUGCAUUUGCCCUGAACAAAACCAGGGAAAAGUUCGUUUUUGUUAUCAAUCGCAUAGCUACUGUUUGUGUUUGUGUGUGUCUACGCAGAGACGUGUAUGAGUGAGGAGAGGCACCGGUCUGUGGCGAACGGGGAGCGAGCUGUGCCAAAACGGUGACGCAUCUCUCCCGUUAUUCUGGCAAUGAUCACCUGGAUUUACCGCUGUGUUGUUGUUACCGACCCGUUUUGUAGUGUUGUUGUUAUGUAAGGUAACAACAUCCCACCCGGCUUCCUGUUGCUUAACUUACGAGAGAGAGAGUUUAUGUUGCAAGUCUGGACGCCUAGCACGCGCACAAGUAGCAACUCUGGUGUUCCUUCCGUGAGUUGGUCAGAGGAGGUCAACACGCACAUCCCGUCUACUAUUCCUAAUAUCUCUUCCAAAAACGACAGAGGCAGAAGUUGUUACAUGAAACAAUGAUCUCCACUGUUGGUAAAGAAAUGGUCAACGAAAAGUCCACCGGAAAGUCCACCGGAAAGUCAGAAUGAGUUUAUUAGUACUGUGAACAGGUAGGCUAUGACGCCCGCGUGGAAGCAACCGUUCGGAUGCGACGUGGCGACGGACACUAGAUGGAGAGCAGUAGGUGGAGUACAGUAAUGAUAGGGUCAGUAGGCUGAAGCUGGGUGAUUUUGGUCUAGCCAUGGUUGUAACAGAACCCAUCUUCACUGUUUGUGGAACACCCACCUAUGUCGCCCCGCAGAUCCUCUCAGAGACAGGGUAUGGUCUGCCGGUAGACCUGUGGGCGUUGGGGGUGAUAGUCCACAUCCUGCUCUGUGGGUUCCCUCCAUUCCGGAGAAGGGACAGAGACCAAGAGGAGCUGUUCCAGAUGAUCAGAGAGGGACACCUCACCUUCCUGGCCCCUUACUGGGAUCACAUAUCUGACGCAGCACAAGGCCUGGUGAAAGCCUUACUACAGGUGAAUCCAACAGAGCGACUGACAGCAGUGCAGACUCUGAAGCAUCCCUGGAUUCAGACCACUACAGACCAGAACAGACCAGUACCGACCAGCACAGAGUCCAUCCCCUACAGACCAGUACCGACCAGCACAGAGUCCAUCCCCUACAGACCAGUACCGACCAGCACAGAGUCCAUCCCCUACAGACCAGUACCGACCAGCAUAGAGUCCAUCCCCUACAGACCAGUACCGACCAGCACAGAGUCCAUCCCCUACAGACCAGUACCGACCAGCACAGAGUCCAUCCCCUACAGACCAGUACCGACCAGCACAGAGUCCAUCCCCUACAGACCAGUACCGACCAGCACAGAGUCCAUCCCCUACAGACCAGUACCGACCAGCACAGAGUCCAUCCCCUACAGACCAGUACCGACCAGCACAAACCAGUAAAGAACAGCACAGAUCACUACAGACCAUCAGAGAGCAUCAAAAUCAUCAACACAACUUAAGUCAUCGAAUGCCCCAAGCAACCAGUCGUCUGCUCCAACAAAAGCACAUCCAAUCCAGCCAGCCCACCACCCAUCCAGCCAGCCCACCACCCAUCCAGCCCACCAC